AUGAGUAGAGAAGGUGAGCCGAGCGCGUCUCGCACAUCCAUACCUGUGCUCCCGGUCCUGCAAGCUGGUGCCAUAGGCGGCACUUGCGGUCUUCUCUAUGGCGGCGUAUCUGGAGUGCUGCGAGCACAUCACCCGAUAAUAAAAUCAAUAUCCACUGGAAUCUACUGGUUUGCAUUCGGCAGCUCGUUCUGGUGGCUGAGGAGCAAUAUCCUCAGAAUCCAAUUCGAAGACAAUGCAACACCGAAAGAACGCAUUUAUUCAAGUGUUGCGUCCAGUGGCCUGUCAGGAGGGGCCAUCAAUUUGGCAAUGAAUCGACGCUUUCUUCCUGGCCUAGUUAUCUGUUCCAUGUUGGGCUUUGUGGGACAGUAUUCUUACAAUAAACUUGAGGAGCGUCAGGCACGGCUCCAAUCAGAACCAACGUCGACAAAAACAUGGGCCGAACGGAUGGCCGAUUCUCGAUGGAUACCAAUCAGAAAUCUAUCAAAUGAACAGUAUAAAACCAUGCUACAAGAAAAGUUACUUAGUGUCGACGUGGAAAUCGCAUUAAUCGAUGAUAGGCUGAAAGAAUUGAAAGGCCCUGGAGAUGAGGAACCAGGUACUGGUAAAUAA